AGAGAGAGAGAGAAAGUUUGUUGAAUUGUCCACUCUCCUCCCUCUUUCUGCGCGUUGAGUCGAGAGGGGAAAGUUUUUUUUGCCCUCCUGUAUCUUGUCUGAAGAAUCGCAGUACAGACACGCCGGCAGCCGCCCCAACUCGCCAAACUCUGCGACUGAAUUCAUUCCUUUUAUUCUGCAAAAAAAGAAAAAUACACACGCUGAGAGAGACCGGCUCCCGGAUUUCUUUGCUUUCAGAUCUUUUGGAGAGCUUUAAAGCGUGGAUUUUUCUUUGUUUUUGUUUGCAAAAAGCGUCCUAUCGUUGAUGAUAACGGUUCCACGAGUUUUUUUUAAACAAAUCUUCUGUAUAAGUUUGUUUUUGUUUUGAUAUAGUUAUUUCUUCCAGUUUGAAGCCUUUCAACAAAUGAUCAGAUAAUCAAAACAGAAGCUCUUCAUUACAAACAGAUGACUGCAAAUAUUCCGCAGUAAAGUGAAGAAACCCUAGUGCCCUUAUUUGUAGGAAAGGUUCAGUCCACUGAAGUAUGACCAGCUACCAUGGCAGCCCAAGCACAGACCACUGCCACUGAAAAGAAAGAGGCCAAAAGCUCCAUUAUUGAAGGGGAUGUCUUCACAGAAGCUAGCAAGAAGUCAGCAGCCUCGGCAGCAUCACGAGAAGUCGAAAGCCCCUGGCCUGACUAUGUAAGAGAGCGCAGGAAUGCAAUCUCAAUGCGGCCACACGGGACAGGGCUGUCCUAUUGCAAGAUAACUGAAGAGCCGUGCAGCUCCAGUGAAGACUCUAGCUCUUCCUCAAAAACCAAGAACUCUCUGGGCUCACUGCCAGACUUAGCCGAGCAGCAUACUCCCUACCGGGCAGUCUGUUUGUCAGUGGACCCCCGAAAUGGCUACAUGGACCAACGCUAUUCAUCGCACCACAUUUUCCCAGCCUUCCAUACGCCCAUACCAAUCGAUAUGCGGCAUCAUGAAGGAAGAUACCAUUAUGAGCCUCACUCCAUCCAUGCUAUUCACGGGCCUCCUGCCUUGACUGGAAGCCCUGUCUUCUCCGACAUCUCCCUCAUUAGGCUGUCUCCUCAUCGGAAUCCAGCAGCCACGGGCGAGUCUCCUUUCAGUCCACCCCAUCCUUAUGUCAAUCCCCACAUGGAGCAUUACCUGAGGACCAUGCAUGGUAGCCCCACACUCUCCAUGAUCUCUGCAGCAAGAGGCUUAAGUCCAGCUGAUGUUCCUCAUGAGCACUUGAAGGACAGAGGUCUGUUUAGCCUGCCUCCUCCCCCACCAGGAGCUAAUCCAGCUGAAUACUAUCAUCAAAUGACUCUAAUGGCCAGUCAUCGAAGCCCGUAUGGUGACAUCCUGAUGCAGACCGGUGGAACAGGCAGUGCGACGCACAUAACAGAUUACAUCAACCCCGUGGACAUCUCGAGAUUCUCAAGUCCUCGGCCAGCUGCAAGAAUGAGCAGAAAGCGGGCCCUGUCUAUCUCACCGCUGUCUGACGCCAGCAUCGACCUGCAGACUAUGAUCAGGACAUCCCCCAACUCUCUGGUGGCCUACAUCAACAACUCCCGAAGCAGCUCAGCAGCCAGUGGCUCAUACGGGCAUCUAUCAGCUGGUGCUAUCAGCCCUGCGUUCAGUUUUCCUCACCCCAUCAAUCCAGUGACAUUCCAGAUGCACCAACAGAUACUGAACCAGCAACGCGGCCUGAACUCUGCAUUUGGCCACACUCCACCCCUUAUACAGCCAUCACCAACGUUCCCUCCUCGGCAACACAUGUCCAAUACCUCCGCUGUUUUGCCACCCAGUCAGGCCAAUAAUGCCUCAACUGAAACUCCUCAGAGCAAGCUGAGUGGUGAGUCUGCUGUGAGCAGUACUGUUGACCCAAUGAUCAACAAACGCACCAAAGUUAAAACGGAGGUCGAGGGACCCCGGGCUAUCUCUCCAAAUACGGAGGAUCGGCUGGCAGGGCUGACAGAGGUGAAGGAUGACUUGGAUAAAGAUGAUUGCAAACAGGAGCCGGAGGUCAUUUACGAGACCGUGUGUCACUGGGAAGGGUGCAACAAGGAGUACGACACUCAGGAGCAACUGGUGCAUCACAUUAACAAUGAGCACAUCCAUGGAGAGAAGAAAGAGUUUGUUUGCCGGUGGCGUGAUUGUUCUCGGGAACAGAAGCCCUUCAAGGCCCAGUACAUGCUUGUGGUGCACAUGCGGCGACACACAGGGGAGAAGCCACACAAGUGCACUUUUGAAGGCUGCAGCAAAGCUUACUCACGUCUCGAGAACUUGAAGACUCACCUGAGGUCACACACUGGGGAGAAACCAUAUGUCUGUGAACAUGAAGGCUGCAACAAAGCAUUCUCCAAUGCAUCAGACCGAGCCAAACAUCAGAAUAGGACUCAUUCCAAUGAGAAACCGUAUGUUUGCAAAAUUCCUGGCUGCACCAAAAGAUAUACAGACCCUAGCUCCCUUCGGAAACACGUGAAGACUGUCCAUGGGCCAGAUGCCCAUGUGACAAAAAAACAACGCAACGACACUCAUCCCAGACCCCCACCCCCCAAGGAACCCAGUGACCAUGAUCUCACCAUCGGGCCUGGGAGUAGAGGGGCUGAGGAAAAAGUUGAAGCAAACAGCACCAGUGGGAGCCUGGAUGACUGCCUGCAAGUAAAAACCAUCAAAACAGAAAAUUCCAUGAUGUAUCAGUCCAGCCCUGGUGGCCAAUCUUCAUGCAGCAGUGAACCAUCGCCACUUGGCAGCACCAACAACAAUGACAGUGGAGUAGAAAUGAACAUCAACAGUGGAGGUAGCCUGGGAGAUUUGACUGCCUUAGACGAUUCCCCAAUUGUGGACUCCACUGUUUCAUCUGGAACUUCAGCAAUCAGCCUUCAUUUGAGAAAGAACAUGACAGCACCCCAAAGACUUGAGCAACUAAAGAAAGAAAAAUUGAAGCAGGUUAGAGACAUUCCUUCAUGGGCAAACCCAGUGCCACCAGUCAAGAACACCAAGCUGCCUCUCAUUCCCAUGAAUGGAGUUUCACUGGAGAAUUCAAGUACUGGUGGUUCCACUGCCAUGUUGCCUAACCCUAGGAUAACGGAACUGUCCAACAGUGAGAUCACUGUUUUGAAUCAACUGAAUGAGCGCCGUGACAGUGCCACGAGCACCAUCAGUUCGGCCUACACUGUCAGUCGAAGGUCAUCUGGCAUUUCCCCUUACUUGUCCAGCCGCCGCUCCAGCGAGGCUUCCCACGUUGGCGGCCGUCCAAAUAACAUCAGCUCGGCCGACUCCUAUGACCCCAUCUCCACGGAUCUGUCACGGAGGUCCAGCGAAGUCAGCUACUGUGGUGGCCUGCUCAAUCUGACGCCGGCUGAGCAGUACAGGCUGAAGGCUAAGUACGCUGCCGCGACUGGGGGCCCACCUCCAACGCCUCUGCCAAACAUGGAGCGCAUAAGCCAGAAGGCGAGAAUGUCGCUCCUGGGGGAUGGCCCCAAUUCUGUGUAUGCUCCGUUCCCUCCUCCUGCCUCUCAGAGGCGAUGCAGCGACGGCGUUCCACGAGGCUAUGGCACAGCAGCUCUCCGCCCUCAUGAACUCAUUGGCAAUACCACUAGGCGGGCAAGUGAUCCGGUCAGGAGGACAGCUGUGGAUCCCCUGUCUCUUCCCAGGGUCCAACGCUUCAACAGCAUGAACAACAUGAACCCGCUGCCGUUGCCGCCAGCAAUGGACAGGCAUCACUAUGGCCUCCAAAACCCCACCCGGUCGGAUGGAAGCCUCCACAGGUGUGCGUACUCGCCUAGGCCGCCCAGCAUCAGCGAGAACAUUGUCAUGGAGACCGUGGCCGGCGAGAUUGACGCCCAAGCCGUGGAGGAUGAUAUAAUGCUGCCCGAUGACGUGGUGCAGUAUAUCAACUCUCAGGAAAAUCGAUUAGCCCAGAAUAGCAAUCCGUUGAAUUUCACUGGGCAAAUGCAGGGUUUCCAAGAAAACUUGACCGUGCAGAAUCAAAACCCAUACGGCCACCGUGGAAUGGCAGUGGUCGAUGGUAACAUGAAUCAGCCAAGUUCUAUGAUGACACAGUGCCAGAUCAGUCCAGGGAGUCAACCAUACCAGGGAUCGCCCAACAUGAACAAGAACAGCAUGCCAGUUCAGUGGAAUGAAGUAAGCUCAGGUACAGUUGAUGUCAUUCCUGACCAGUCGAAGCAGCAGUUCUCUCGGUCAAACCUAGCAGUAGUUCAGCAGAAGCAAAUGUUUGACCAGUACCAGAACCUCAACUCCGCUCAGCCCACUGUGCCAAUGAACCAGAACGAGAUGGCUCUCGCGCAGCAGAGUGUAAUGCAAAGAGGUAUCGGUGUGAACGGGCAAAGGAUGAAUUAUAUGCAGCAACAACAGCCGCAACCACAGGCAAUGAGCGUGUGCCAGAACGCUAACCAACCUCUCAGCCCGCACCAGACUUUUAAUCAGUCCAGCCAAAUGCUUAGCCCCAAUAUUGCUGGCAGGACUCUCAGCCAAACAGCUUGCAGUAAUAUGCCAACAAGCAACAUGAUGGGCUCACCUGCACCAGCAGGUACUCAAGACUUUAAGCAGAUGGCAAUGAUGCAGAGCAAAGAUGCAGCAAUCAAAAGCUACACUCAAGCUCAGCAGGUCCGGGCACAGAUUCAUCAGCAAAUGACUGGCACAAACGAGUUGCCAAUGAUGAUGAACGGGUGCCGUUCCAGAGAUGCACCAGCGCAAGGCAUGCAUGUUGCAAGCCAACAGAACUUUGGGCCUCAUGUCCAGUCUGGCAGAAAUCCGGGCCACAGCUCCUUCCCUGCCCAUGGAGUUUUAAGUCAAACUAAUUCCCAAGUCAGCCCAAACCAGCAGAACUUCAGCCAAGCGGGGUCAAGUGUCAUGAAUUCUGCUGAGCAUGACUUAAGUCAUGGAAUGAUGCAGCCCCAUCCACGCCAGGGUUCGAAUCCAUUAGCAAGACAACAUGGUUUAAUGAAUUCUUUAAACAUGCAACAGCAAAGUUAUCUGCAAAGCCCACUCCAGUUGAAUGGCAUGAGCCCUGGGCACAGUCAAUCCGAAGUAAGCCACAAUCAGCCUGGUAAUCAACUCUCGAUGCAAUCGCAACAGUGUAAUAACGAUGGUUCAAACAGCAACUUGAUGUUUUAUUCUGGUCAGAUCCACAUGUAUGAACAAAAUGGCAACUUCAGUGGCCAAAUGGACUGUGCUAUUCAGCAACAACAGCGUAUGCAAGGUGUCAAAGCUGCAGCAAUGGCCUCACCAGGCACCAACCAGGUAUCAAGUACAGUAAACUCCCACAGUCUAGACCAUGCACAAAUAGAUUUUGAUGCUAUCAUGGAUGAUGGUGACCAUUCUAGCUUGAUGUCAGGCACAUUGAGCCCCAGCCUUCUGCAGAACCUCUCUCAAAAUUCCUCACGCCUCACAACUCCUCGGAAUUCUCUGACUCUGCAGCCCAUUCCAGCCGGGUUGACUAAUAUGGCAAUAGGAGACAUGAGCUCCAUGUUAACUACCUUGGCUGAGGAAAAUAAAUUUCUUAAUAUGAUGUCUUAAACCCUCAAGAACAGUAAAGAACAAUUCCAAUUUCAAAUUCCAGUAACUUCAAAAUAUGAUGCUUAAAAUCAGAUUGUCUCAAAAUAUUAACAUUCCUAAAGAGCGAUUUUUUUUUAUAUAGACUUUGUAUUUUAAUGUAUAAAAAGAAACCUUUAUUCUGAAGAAAGAGAAUCAGGACAUUUUGCAAAGGCUUAUAUAUUUGUGAAUAGGGAUUUCUUGAUGUGUUUUGAAGAAGUAGCUGGUGGAUUGACAUGUUACAUCAAGAGGCGUGUUAUUUGAAAUGGGAAUCCUGUUUCUUUUUUGUUACAAAGCACUGAUACUGUAUACUAGACCAAACAGGCAAGGGCACAAGCCAAACAUUGCCCAUUUCUUCCUUAUAAAUAGUAGAUAUGUGCUUUCUUUUAUUUCAUUAAUGUGAACUCCCCAGUGAAUAUCAGUUGAUUCAUUGUCUUGGGAAAGUGUUUUAGUUUGGCUGAGCUGAAAGAACAAAAGGUACGUUGACAAACACCAUCAAAGCCAUACUGUAUAUUGCUUUCUUUUCUGAGUUUAGCUCUUAAUUAUUCCACAUCUAUCAUUUUAAAACCUCAUGACAAUACAGACUGUAUAGUUUGCAGACAUUGUAAAUGUUAAGGCUUCUCUUUAAAAUAUAUGGUACCAAGCUAGGAAAGCCCAUAUUAUAGCAUCAAGAAGUGCCUUACUAUGUCUUGUUAUUUUCAAAUAGUGAAGGCAUUCUCAAUAUACAAUACAACACAGGAGCAGGCCACUUGGCCCAUCAACCCUCUGAACAGCAUCCCACUUGGACCCACACCCUGAUCCUAUCCUGUAACCCUCAAUUUUCCAUGAAUCAUCCACCUGCCCAGCACAUUGCUGGAUGCCAUGGUCAAUUUCCAUGGCCAGUCCACCUGACCGGCAUAUCUUUGGACUAUGGGAGGAAACCGUAGCACGCAGAGGAAACACACACAAACACAGGGAAACCGUGUAAUCUCCACACAGGCAGCAUUGAACCUAGAUCCCUGGAGCUGUGAGACAGCAGUGCCUAAGCAUUGAGCCACUGCGCAUCCCUUAUUUAGACCCAUCACUUUUUGCCCAUACGUGAUUUCUGUCCCUCUGUUUGCCUCCUGUUCAUAUAUCGAACAAGAUACAUCUUAAACAUUGCUAAUGUGCCUGUUUCCAGCGCCUCCACUGGCAGUGCACCCACCACCCUCAGUGUAAAAAAACUUUCCCUGCACUUCUCCCCUCAACUUUCCCCCUCUCACAUUGAACCUGUGCCCUCUUGUAGAUACCUUUCUACCCUGGGAAAAAGCCUCUGACUAGCUACCCUAUAUAUGUCCCUCAUAAAUAUGUAUCGGAUCACCCCUCAGUCUCCUCAGUUUAAGAUAUUUUGGAAGCAGUUUCCAGCAAUAUGCUUGUAAUAUGGCAAUGCUAUUGGUACUGUGCUAGUUAACAUGCAGUGUUUAAUGAAAAUAGUUUCAGUAUGUGUGAGAAUUAUUGUGAAAGAUAUGCAAAGCAUCUUUUCAAUAUAUAUGAGCUAAAAUGUGUUCUUUGUUGUGCAUUCUUAGUGCAUAAAGCAUCUCAUGUAAAGAAAUUUUAAACAUUGUACAACCAUUCCAGCCUGUAAAUAUACAACAUGUUGAAAACUGUGUUUUGAAUAAGAGCACCAAGCUGACUAUUUUUGAUCAACUUGUAGCCUGGACGUUUCCUGUAACCAAUUCCUCUCAGCACACAAAAUAGAUCUAGUGAUCUAAAUGUAUAUACACUUUUUGUAC